AAUAAGUAUACCAUACAAAGUAGUGUAAUUAUGAGUCAAAGUUUAAGUACUAAACACAUAUUAAUACGUUGUAUGUAUGAUACUCUUUUUAAAAACAGGAUGCGUUCGUAAGGCGUUCUUUUCUAUGGUGACCGUGUACAAAAGAGGAUAUAGGCACUGCUAUAAGAUAAUGACUUGAUCAUAAGUUGAUUAUGGAUCGCUAUACUAUAUGUCUCAUGACAACGGCUUGGCUCGUUGGAUUAGCUAUUUCAAAAGAGGAUAGCAGAACACGAUGCAAAAAUGGAAAUUUAAAAUAUAUUAAUAAAACGUGCGAGAUUCGGAAAUGUCCGAACACGUAUAAAUGUAGUAGAUCCAGUUCGGAGCUUUACGCCUGCUGUCAGUACACUCUGCCUAAGGACUGUACUCCGUUCAUGAGCACGGACCCAUACGUUCCCCUGGCUUGUAAAGGAAGGAAAGCACAAUCCUGCCCCGUGGGUUACACAUGUAACGUAGACAAAAAACGCAGGUUUAGUGUGUGUUGCAAGGACGCAACGUGUGUUGAUAUUGAUGGCACUUUACGUAAAGUGACUGACGAACCUUGGAUCAGUCCCUACGACAAAUGUAACACGUGUACCUGUUAUGAAGGCGGGGAUAUCAAGUGUACGAAACUAAAAAAAUGUGCGACAUGCAGAGUACCAGUCCCUGGAGACCCAGGGAAAUUCAAGAAGAAAAAGAGCGGGUACCAGUUCUGGGACGGCUGUAGGAAUUGUACGUGUAUAUCAAAGAAGGUGACGAAGUGUAACGAACCGUGUGAUAGGGGGAACAUAGGGAAUGCAAGUGACUAUUCGCCAUGUCUAGAUGGAGACGUGUGUACCCGUCAAGCUAGGGUCAGUCAAUGCUAUGAUGAUGAAGAGGUCUCCUACCUCAAAAGCAGAGCUGACCAAUCACCCUGCAUCGAGAACAUCGUUUUCUUCAAAAACUGUAACGAGGACAAAUGUCCACAUCCCGGCUUACCUCUGCUACCUCUGAGAGCCCACAGUCGUAUUAUAGGUGGCUCUGUUGUUCGGCCAGAGCAUAGAUGGCCCUGGAUGGUAUAUCUGGAUGGGCUUGGGUGCGGGGCAGCGUUGAUCAGCCCACGGCAUGUUUUAACAGCUGCCCACUGUGUAGAAUUCAAAAAACAUAUCCUCGUUCGUGCUGGGAAGCACGAUUUGAGCAUGAUUGAAGAAAAUGAGCAGCAACGAACUGCAAGUAGGAAAUCGAAAGAUAUAAAGAUACAUCCAGAUUAUGAAAAUGGGGAGGUUGAAAAUGACAUUGCAGUUCUAGUCAUUGAUCCUCCUUUUGAGCUUAACGAUCACAUCCAGCCAGUCCUACUACCAACUUAUUCUGAGAUGACCUAUGAAACAACAAAACAGAUGAAAUGUCUGAUAAUGGGAUGGGGAUCAGUUAACACCAUAAACUAUAUGGAAUCUAACUUGCUUAUUCAAGCGUUUGUGAAACCACAACCAUGUCAGCUACCACCAGAGGAACUGUCUUGGGUGGUGAAUGAGACCAUGUUCUGUGCCCAUAAAGAAGGGAGGGAUGCAUGUUUUGGAGACUCUGGAGGCCCAUUGAUCUGUAGUGGUGAUGGUUACUUUAGACAAUAUGGCAUCAUCAGCUGGGGACCCCCGGAUGACUGUGGCCUCAUGUCUGGGGUUUAUACUAAAGUCGCCCAUUACGUCGACUGGAUUAAUAGCAUCAUCUCUCAAGAGGGUGGUUGGGGAGAAUUUAGCUCUUGGACAAAAUGUGAUGGCUGUCCCGAAGAGGGAAGGAGAUCAAGGGUGAGAGUUUGCACAAACCCGGAGCCUGUGGGGAACGGGACUUGUGCUGACCCCCAGGGAAAGAUUCAUAUUGCAAAAGGGUCUGGGUACAUGGCUGAUGUUGUAACAGAACCAUGUCUAUGUGAAACUUAGAUUAUGUUAAAUACAAUAAACAUAAAUGCAAAGUGAGGGCAAAACUAACUGGAACAAUGUUUGUCAAUUAUUUAAAUAAUUACUCCUUCCAAUAUUUAUCAUUGAUAUAGGUUAAUAUAGGCGUACACCCUGGGAUGAAAAGGAUACCAGUAACAGCAUCUAGCAUCUGAGAAACACAAGCAAAUACAGUUUUGAUCAGUCCUUUAUGAUUGAGUUUAAAUAUUAAACAUAUGUCAGCUAUAUAUGACAAGAUGAAUGACAGUUCAAUUAUCCAAAUUCUGGUUAGCAAUCAGAUCAUUUUGUAUGACACAUUCUAGUUCUUAU